CGGUCUGCCACCAGGAAAGCAAAGCGCAUCGCAAGCACAGGCAGUGAGUGAUCGGCAACCAAAACAAGCUCUCGGUUCUUCCGACAAUCUUGAGCAGUCUGAUCAGUCUCGGCGUUUCGUCACUUCCCAAGUACAGUAGCGAAAUGGCAGCUGCUCCGUUCACGAUUGCCAGCCGCCUCUCUCCCGCCGCGCGCCUCCCGGUCCGCGCCUGGAGGGCGGCGAGGCCGGCGCACGGGUUCGCGUCGGCCGGGAGGGCCCGCUCGCUCGCCGUGGCAUCCGCGGCGCAGGAGAACGGGGACAACAGCGUCGACGUACAGGUUAGCCAGAACGGCGGCAACGGCAACAGGCAGCAGCAGGGCAACGCCGUGCAGCGCCGACCGCGCCGCGCGGCACCGCUCGACAUCUCCCCGUUCGGGUUAGUUGAUCCGAUGUCGCCGAUGCGGACGAUGCGGCAGAUGCUGGACACGAUGGACCGGCUGUUCGACGACGCCGUGGGGUUCCCGAUGGCGACGCGGAGGUCCCCGACGGCGGCGACCGGCGAGGUGCGCCUGCCGUGGGACAUCGUGGAGGACGACAAGGAGGUGAAGAUGCGGUUCGACAUGCCGGGGCUCGCGCGGGACGAGGUGAAGGUGAUGGUGGAGGACGACACGCUGGUCAUCCGAGGGGAGCACAAGAAGGAGGAGGGCGCCGACGAGACCGCGGAGGGCGGCGACGGGUGGUGGAAGCAGCGGAGCGUGAGCUCCUACGACAUGCGGCUGGCGCUGCCGGAUGAGUGCGACAAGAGCAAGGUGCGGGCCGAGCUCAAGAACGGCGUGCUCCUCGUCACCGUGCCCAAGACCGAGGUGGAGCGCAAGGUCAUCGACGUGCAGGUCCAGUAGAAAAAAAAACUGAGAGGCACACACAAAGUUCCAUGGUUUAUCGUCCUCUCUGCAAUGGAAGCGAUGGGUCUUUGUGUAGUAGCAGUCGCGUGCGUUUCGCUCUUCCCGCAGGCUCUGUGAAUACGAAUCGUGGUCAAACGAGUGGAAUAAUGUGAAUAAACGCUUCUGUUCGGUUGUUUCCCA